CAAAAUAUUACCUUGUUGUUAUUGUGUAGAUACGGGUGUCAAUCCGCAGGAACCAGUGGUGGAUAGGGAGUGGAUGGACGGCACCACUCGCACCUUCAUAUGCUAUGCCUGUGCCGAUGGUACUGAGUCCUUUUAUACCGGCAAUGGAUACACAUUAUAUGGACAGGCACUCAGUCACUGUAUCGCUGAAUACGCAUACGACUUGAAUUUGACACAAAUAUUUAACAAGACGUGCGAUGAGAUGAGCAGGGCAAUUAUACAACAACGUCCGGAGCUGAUUAUGAAAAACGUGGACAGGGAGUUAAUAUUCUUCGCAUACAAGUUACAGCCAACAAUGGAUAAGUCAGAAGUGCGAAACAUAUUCAUGCAAAACAUCAAUGAAUUUCUAUCACAGGCAAUUCCCGCUGAUAAUGAGUACGCUAAAAAGUCUUUCAUAUUCACCGAGUUCAAUCGCGAUCGGGAGGCGUGCAACGAGCUUGUUGAGAUUUUGAAAAAGUGUGACCAGGGUGUCGCGGCUGAAGCACUGAAGGGGUACAACCAGUCGCCCACAGACGCCAUCACGUACUCAACUGAAGUCAAGCUCGUCGUUAAGGACGCGCAGACAUUAAGGUCGGGCGCCGCCCGUUGGUUCGUUAUGGACAGCGCCCCCAGGGGGCGGGUGUUGCUAUUUUCGCAACUACCUGAGCUUAAAAAUGAGGUGGAUCGUUUUAGCGACCUCUUCCAGCAGAUGUACUUCUCGGUCGACGUACACAACGAUGUGAAGUGCGAGCAGAUUAUGGCCACACUUAAGGCGACGGCGGCCGAGGAGUUCAAAAAGGACGCCAUGAUUGUGAUGUUCAUAGGCCACGGUUACGAUGAUAUGAUCCAGGGUAGUGGUGAGGGUCAGAAUGUAAUGCUCAUCAAGACUAUUGUGGAGCAGUUUUCAGACCGUAAUUGUCACCCGACUCUGCGUCAGAAGCCGAAAGUCUUUGUGUUCAAUUGCUGCCGAGAUAAAAAACAUAACGCACUGGACAAUAGACAGAACUCCAUUGAGAGGGACUGGAUGGACGACAUCACUCGCACCUACAUAUGUUAUUCAUGUGCCGAGGGCAUUCAAGCGUUUUACACCGACAGCGGGUACACCUUAUUUGGACAGGCGUUCAGUCACUGUAUUGCUGAACACGCGUGCGACUUUAGCUUGACACAACUAUUUUACAAGACGUGUGCCCAAUUGCAAAGGGCUGAAGUACAGCAACGACCGGAAAUGUAUACGAAAAAUAUAGACAGGGAUUUGUAUUUUAACCCGGGUCUCUAUAAGGAGAAAUAACAUUGCUAGUCUAUAAACACAUUUAUUAA